AUGAGUCCCAUCAAUAGUCUGUGGUUCAAGUGGAAAAGUCUUCGAUUACCCUGGCGAAGAUCCUUUCUCGUUGGACAGGAUCUCGUUGGAAACACAUUCUGGGAAUUCAGGGACAAAUUAAAUGCGGGCCGAUUUCGACGAAUACUCAAACCGCGACCCAGAACACACUAUGGCGACGUUGAAGUGAGCCCUCAAUGGCACCAAUGGCUUCGAUACGUUCGAUCAGAACCCCCAUCAAUCAAAGAACAACAAGACGAUGUCCUGAGACGGCAAAGAAUCAUGUUACUAGCUGAAAUGCAAAACAAGCGCUGGGAGGCCGAGCAAUCCCAAUUGGAUGCGCCGGCGACACAACAGCCAAGACCUGCAACCAGAACAAGCGAACCGACGUUAAAUACUUCUGAUGCGACAGGUAAAGAAUCAGGGCCCAGAGCGGAUGGCCAAACUCCAAACAAGACACCGACUGCCAAAGAAGACCCCUUCUUCAAGCUCAAGGAUGCACCAGGCGAGAAGUGGCAACCUGAUUCAUGGACACCCAACCCUGCCAAGCGAUAG